UUUGUUAAAAUUAAUUAUUUACGGAUUAAGUAUAUUUUUUUCCUGAGCUUGACCGACGUGUGAAAAAUACUGAUUUUUUGUAGGCGAAGAAAAUUUAUAUAAGGCUUUGUAACUGUGUAAAUCUUGUAAAUUUUUGAAAAUACAUAUACCAGACAUUUUAUAGAAAUGUUUAAAUAAAUCAAAUUCAGAUUACAAACCGUUCAAAUUAUAUGCUCGUCAGUCAACAGCUUUGUAAAAGUUUGUAAGCUUAGGAUUAGUAUGCAAAAUUUUGCAUGUUUGCAAAGUUUACGUACCUAAGACCCGCAGUAAGUACCCGAAUUUUUAUGAUUAAAAUGAAAAUUAUGAAUCAUAACAAUAAAAAAUGAUUCAGCAUUUAAUUGCAUGGUAUAUUUGUCACUACAAUGUUGUACAUGUGAUGAGCUUAUCUUGUCUUAUCUUAUCUUAACUGUUACAUGUCGUCAUGUUCCUGUCACACGAAUCGCCACAUUAGUGCAAACACAUUUCAUUUUUGAUAAGGUCGAGUGUCAACUAAAUAUAUAUGCAGGUUAAACACGUUGUGACAAUAUAUUUUUAUGGUUUUGAAAUGGACACGUGACUAUUAGAUAAAUAUUUACAUAAAUUAUGAAGCGACUUUUCAGAAAUUUAAAUACGAAGAGAAAAAUUUUCAAAUUUAUUUUGAUUUUCUUCCUAAUUUUCAUAACUUUGUGUGGAAUCGUGCUACAAAAUAGGAAACCUGCUUCGUUACAGAGACACAAUUAUCUAUUAGACUCGAAUGUGAAACAAGACUCGUUUUUGGUGGAUACGCUAAACUGUAAAAUUCCAAACUUGGAUCCGUGGGCCGAUUCGAUAAAAUCUCAUUUUUCGAAGAUAUCAAAACCAGUACAGGAUUGUAGAAAAUUUAAGAAGUGGACGUUCACCGUUGGAAAUGAAAUCAUUUUCAAUAAGACUGCCAUCGAGCGAGAUGGAUAUUCUUGGGAUCGCGUGUCCUGUUGUCUCACCCAAAUUGAGAGACAAACUCAAUCCCCUGAAAGACAAGAUAAAGACGCGGAUAACCUUGUCAAGUAUUCUGAAUGCGUACCGCUCAAAGAGAUGAGAACCGGACCACUUUUGGGAGAAUUCUGUAUGAUAACGUGUCACGAAGUGAUUUUCGGCUUUUUCGAAAUGUGGCUGAUUUAUCGGGAUUUCCAUUCCAUUGUUACAAUUAGUGAUGAUAAGAGAAAAAAUGACGAUAAGAAGGAUUUCGAUGAUAAGCCCCCAAACGUGGUGAUUCUUGGGAUCGAUUCCACUUCUCGCUUAAACUUUAGGAGAAUGAUGCCUCGAACGGUGGCGAAAUUGGAAGAGCUAAAAGCCGUGGAGUUGAAAGGAUAUACGAAAGUUGGUGACAACACUUUCCCAAAUUUCUGCGCCUUGUUGGCCGGAAAAAGUGAGGAAUCUCUGCAACGCGGUUGCUACUCUCGCUCGACGCCACUUGACAAGUGUCCCUGGAUCUUCAAGCGAUUUGCGGAAAAGGGCUAUAUCACCUCGUUUGCGGAGGACUCCCCAUUUUCGACGGGGUUCAACCACUACAGAACAGGUUUCGCGGAGAAGCCCGUCGACCACUAUUUUAGACCGUUCAUGAUCGCAGUGCAUGAGCACGAGUGGGCGUCGAGAUGGUUCCGAAUUCGGAAUUAUUACGAGGGUUGUGUCGGUCCCCGCACGAAUGACGAAGCGUUACUUGAUUACGCCCUGUCCGUUGUGGACGCCUCGUCAUCUUCGUCAUCGCCAGCCUUCGCCAUGUCGUGGAGUUCUGCCGCGAGUCAUGACGCUGUAACAGGGAUUGCACAUUCUGACGACGCCUACACCACCGCCUUGGACCAACUCGGGUCGAAAGGUCACCUUCGAAACACGCUACUCAUAGUCAUGAGUGACCACGGGUAUCGCUACGGACCAGUGAGGGAAACUUUGCAAGGAUGGUAUGAAGAUAAGCUGCCCUUCGUUUGGAUAAGGCUUGGAGAAGAUAUCGUAAGAAGGUUUCCGCAAUGGGGCACGAAUCUCGAGAAGAAUGCAAACCGACUCUCAUCCCCCUUCGUCCUUCACGCCACGCUUCUCCUCCUCCUAGAAAAGUACGCCGUACAAAAUGGGACAAAAUCAGAAAGGUACAAAAUUCCUGAAAAAUCAACACCAAACUUUCUCUCUUCGCUGAUCCUGGAAAACACAACCUGCGACGAGGCAGGGAUUCCGAAAGAAUACUGCGCAUGUCACUACCCCCACAAAAUAGUGGACCCCACCUCUGAUCCAAAUGUUAACCUCGCUGCGUCCGUAGCCAUUAAAUACGUGAACGAGAUGAUUCUAUCCAAAAAUAAGAAAUGUGGCAAACUCUCCGUCCACGAGGUCACGUCUGCGGGAAGGAUGGAAAUGCGAGGUCAAGGUCAAGACAACCUGGACUUCAUCUACAUCGUCGCAUUCGUUACGAAUCCCGGAGGUUUUUUGAUCGAGGCGGAAGUCGGCUUUGGAUUUAAACGCGGACCGAAAGUGAUUCAGGUUCACAGAGCGAGUGGGAUGCACGCUAGAGAUAUUCGGUGUCUGAAUGGUGAAGCGGACGCCGAGGUGGAGUUGUGGUGCUUUUGUGAAAAAUAGGAGCACGAGGAUUAAUUUAGUGGAAAUAGUUAAUUGCAUUAUUAAUUAAAGCUAAUUAUUCAAGAGUCAGGUAAAGAUGUACAAGUUAUUGAAUAAAACUGGAAAAUUUUGUUGGUGACUGAGAAAAA